AUGCGAGACGAGAUUGACCGUGGCGGCGCUGGAGAGCCCAACUCAUCGGCCACAGGAAACCAGCAGGAACCAACGGCGAACCUUGUAACCGCUGCCCCGGUAGCGGCGACGGAUGCGGAUCCUGGCGCCACCGACCCAACAGCAGCCGCCGGAUCUUCGGAGAUAAACGGACCCCCGCCAGCCGUCGGGAGCAUCUCGGAAGCAGUCGGUCGAGCCAGCGUCAGCAACGUACCCGAACCACAGCAGCCCGUCGACGGUCACACAACGCCAGAGUCCCUCGAGUCGCCCAGCAAGCCAAUUAUUGGCGGAGCCGUUGAAGGCAACGACUCGCAGCAACCUGAAGCAAGCGAACCGAUUGUCACCCAACCCGAACUCGAUUCAAAUGGCACUCGAGGCGAUGUCGCGCAAGAACCCAAGAGUGAAGCCGCCACUGCGCCGGGGCCCGCUGGAACUCUGCCAUUGGGCGAAGAAAAGAAAUCACCCCAGCCUAGCAAAGCCAGUCCCGCAUCUAUCCCCCCUGGCGCAGCCGGGCCCUUGAACCCGGAGCGGCUGCGGUUUUUAGCUGAUGAGAUCAGCCGAAAUGUUGGGCAAGUCCAGACCGAGGAGGUGGCCCGGCUCCGCACGGUCACGGCGGCGCUCGAGCUUGCUGGCGCCGUGCGGCCACCGCCCGAUGCCAUCAUGAGUUGGUUUACCAAUAUGAGCAUCGUCUCGGCAGUGCGUGUGUUUCAGUCCUGGCGUGUCUUCGACACCAUUCCUGCUGGCAAGGGGGAGUCGAUCUCUUACGCCGACCUCGCGGCCAAGGUGGACACCGAGGAGGCCUUUUUGAUUCGCAUGUCAUGGAUGUUGUCUUCCACAGGGGUCCUCCGGCACAUUGAUCCCGGCCGGGUAGCGCACACGCCAACGUCGAUGAUGUUGCGCGAAAACGAGACCAUGGGCAGCAUGUUCAAGAUCAUGUGCACCAACGUGGUCGACGUGUCCACGAUCCUGCCAGCCUACUUUGACACGUACGGGCGCCGCGAGCCCCUCGGCCCCGCCCACAUCCCCACGUCCUUCCUCGCCGGCCGCCCCGAGCUCGAGUACUUCGAGUUGCUGAAUGAAGACCCCAACCGCAUCAAGCUCUUCAUGUGUGCUAUGGCCGUCGCCCACCGCCGCGUCCCCACCAUUGGCAUGUACGACAUGUCUUGGGUCCUGCAGCGCGCUGACCAGGACCCCGGCCGUCUUGCCUGGGUCGACGUCGGCGGCGGAAACGGCCACACGGUAAAGGUGUUUCGCGAGGCGUACCCCGGACUGCGUGCAAACCAGUGCGCCAUCCAAGAUCUGCCCGAGGUGCUCAAUGAAGCGCAAACGCAGGCCGAGAGCGACGAUGCGUUGCGGGGAGUAAGCUGGAUUCCCAUGAACUUCCACAAGGACGUGCCUGUCAAGGGGGCACUGAUCUACUACCUCCGCCACAUCGCGCGCGACUACUCGGAUCCCGUAUUCACCACGAUCCUGCGCAACGUCGCCGGCGCGCUUGCCCCCGACAGCCGCGUCCUUGUGUCUGAGCAGCUGCUCGCCGGAACGCCGCCGCCCGUCUACGCAGCCUUCAAAGACUACGCGAUGCUGUCGCUCGGCGGCAAGGAGCGCACGCUGGACCAGUUUGGUGCCGUCGCAGCCGCCGCGGGCCUGCGUGUGUCUGGCGUGUUCCGGGACCAAGCCACGCCGCACGCUGUUGUAGAGUUCGCGCUGCAGGAGUAAGCCGGUUAUCAACCACUAGAGGGCGUGGACUUGCAGACGGAAAGAGCUGGUAUUAUCGGAGACAGAAAGAUGGCAGCUGGGGACUGAUUUUGGAGGUUGGAUUUAAUGGAUGGGCAUUUUGUCCUCGGGGAUGGUGCGUUAUGGCACCCUCUAACCACUGCGACAGACAGGGAAGGUAUCAUCAUAUUGGGGCGGCACAGGCCCUUGCAUAUCCAGCCAUCAAGGGUGAUCUAAAGUUUUCCAUUUAGAUCAAGUCGGUUGGGUUUAGUUUGGUCACCGAAGGGGCACAUGUGGUGGUCUUGGGUACACAUGUACCUUGGGUAGCUUGACUUCUUCUACUUUUCUGCUAUCUAGUCUAGACCUAGGCGAAUGCAGGCACGGCAAUCUCUGCACAUGGCAUAGGCUAAAUCAUUCUCCCAGCACCGAAUGCUAUUUGGCGCUCUAUUGGUGGUCAUAUUAGUGAAUUCACAGCUUUACGU